CGAUGCUGUGCAGAAAGCAUACAGAAAAGGAAGACAAAUUUAACAUUUUCACGAGUAUUAGAUUUCGGAAAGGCAACUAAAACCUCGUCAUCUUGCAUUUUCCCCCCCUCACCGUGCCGCCGUUUUCACUGACUGGCUCCGACCUACACUCAGUGAAGAGGUCGUAGCUAGCGCGGUGCUAACUGCCUAGCUAGCUAGGAUUUCAGGACUCCGGAGAAGCUCAAGAAACCACCAUGGCUCAGAUCCUACCUAUCCGCUUCCAGGAGCACCUGCAGCUCCAGAACCUGGGGAUCAACCCAGCCAACAUUGGCUUCAGCACUCUGACCAUGGAGUCUGACAAGUUCAUCUGCGUCAGGGAGAAAGUGGGCGAGCAGGCCCAGGUGGUCAUCAUCGACAUGGCCGACCCCAACAACCCCAUCCGCCGCCCCAUCUCUGCUGACAGCGCCAUCAUGAACCCCGCCAGCAAAGUUAUUGCCCUUAAAGACGCCGCCAAGACCCUGCAGAUCUUUAACAUUGAGAUGAAAAGCAAGAUGAAGGCUCACACCAUGACGGACGACGUGACGUUCUGGAAGUGGAUCUCCCUCAACACCGUCGCCCUGGUCACAGACAACGCCGUGUACCACUGGAGCAUGGAGGGCGACUCUCAACCGAUCAAAGUCUUCGACCGUCACUCCAGCCUGGCAGGCUGCCAGAUCAUCAACUACCGCACUGACGCCAAACAGAAGUGGCUGCUCCUCAUCGGGAUCUCAGCACAGCAAAACCGUGUGGUCGGGGCCAUGCAGUUGUACUCUGUGGAUAGGAAGGUCUCUCAGCCCAUUGAGGGUCACGCUGCUGGCUUUGCACAAUUUAAGAUGGAGGGCAACACUGAAGAAUCCACCCUGUUUUGCUUUGCUGUGCGGGGACAAGCGGGAGGAAAGCUUCAUAUUAUCGAAGUCGGAACCCCGCCGAGCGGAAACCAACCAUUUCCCAAAAAAGCCGUGGAUGUUUUCUUUCCUCCAGAAGCCCAGAAUGACUUCCCCGUCGCUAUGCAGAUCAGUUCCAAGCAGGAUGUAGUCUUUCUCAUCACAAAGUACGGCUACAUCCACCUGUAUGACCUGGAGACCGGAACCUGCAUCUACAUGAACCGGAUCAGCGGGGAGACCAUUUUUGUCACAGCGCCACAUGAACCCACAGCUGGUAUCAUCGGAGUCAACAGGAAAGGACAGGUUCUGUCAGUGUGCGUGGAGGAGGAGAACAUCAUCCCCUACAUUACCAACGUCCUCCAAAACCCAGACUUGGCUCUACGCAUGGCUGUACGCAACAACCUUGCUGGUGCUGAGGAACUAUUCGCUCGCAAGUUUAACACCCUGUUUGCUGCAGGAAAUUACUCAGAAGCAGCCAAGGUGGCGGCCAACGCCCCUAAGGGCAUCCUGCGGACGCCGGACACCAUUCGCAGGUUCCAAAGUGUCCCAGCACAACCGGGCCAGACGUCUCCUUUGCUCCAGUACUUUGGCAUCCUGCUGGACCAAGGCCAGCUGAACAAGUUUGAGUCGCUGGAGCUGUGCAGGCCCGUUCUUCAGCAGGGCCGCAAGCAGCUACUGGAAAAAUGGCUAAAGGAGGACAAGCUGGAAUGCUCCGAGGAGCUUGGAGACCUGGUGAAGUCUGUUGAUCCCACGCUCGCCCUCAGUGUGUAUCUCAGAGCGAACGUGCCCAACAAAGUCAUUCAGUGCUUCGCAGAGACCGGCCAGUUUCAGAAGAUUGUUCUUUAUGCCAAGAAGGUGGGCUACACACCAGACUGGAUCUUCUUGCUGAGGAACGUUAUGCGGAUCAGUCCAGAACAAGGUCUCCAGUUCUCCCAGAUGCUGGUCCAGGACGAGGAACCUCUUGCUGAUAUUACACAGAUUGUUGACGUGUUCAUGGAGUACAACCUGAUCCAGCAGUGCACGUCGUUCUUACUAGAUGCUCUGAAAAACAACAGGCCCAUGGAAGGACCCCUGCAGACGCGUUUGCUGGAGAUGAACCUGGUCCACGCGCCGCAGGUUGCAGACGCCAUCCUCGGCAACCAGAUGUUCACCCACUACGACCGCGCCCAUGUUGCACAGCUGUGUGAGAAGGCCGGCCUCCUGCAGAGGGCGCUGGAACAUUAUACGGACCUGUACGACAUAAAGCGAGCCGUGGUGCACACGCACCUUCUCAACCCAGAGUGGUUGGUGAAUUUCUUCGGCUCCCUCUCGGUAGAGGACUCCCUGGAGUGUCUGAGGGCCAUGCUGUCGGCCAACAUCCGCCAGAACCUGCAGAUCUGCGUGCAGGUCGCUUCCAAGUACCACGAGCAGCUGACAACCCAGUCCCUCACCGAGCUCUUUGAGUCCUUCAAGAGCUUUGAAGGAUUAUUCUACUUCUUGGGUUCUAUCGUGAACUUUAGUCAGGAUCCAGAGGUCCACUUCAAAUAUAUCCAAGCUGCCUGCAAAACAGGCCAGAUUAAAGAGGUGGAGCGAAUCUCUAGAGAAAGUAACUGCUACGACCCGGAACGUGUGAAGAACUUCCUGAAGGAGGCCAAGCUCACAGACCAGCUGCCUUUAAUCAUUGUCUGCGACCGCUUUGACUUUGUCCACGACCUGGUCCUCUACCUGUAUCGCAACAGCCUUCAGAAGUACAUUGAGAUCUACGUUCAGAAGGUCAACCCCAGCCGUCUGCCGGUGGUCAUCGGAGGCUUGCUGGACGUGGACUGCGCCGAGGACGUCAUUAAGAACCUGAUCAUGGUGGUUAGGGGCCAGUUUUCCACUGAUGAACUGGUCGCUGAGGUGGAGAAAAGAAAUCGUCUGAAGUUGUUAAUGCCCUGGUUGGAGGCUCGUAUCCAUGAAGGCUGCGAGGAGCCUGCGACCCACAACGCUUUGGCCAAGAUCUACAUCGACAGCAACAACAACCCCGAGCGCUUCCUAAGGGAGAACCCUUACUAUGACAGCCGUGUGGUGGGCAAAUACUGCGAGAAGAGAGACCCACACCUGGCCUGCGUGGCGUACGAGAGAGGACAGUGUGACCAGGAGCUCAUUCACGUGUGCAAUGAAAACUCGCUGUUCAAGAGUCUGUCCCGCUACCUCGUCCGUCGCAAGAACCCCGAGCUGUGGGCGAGUGUCCUGCUGGAGACCAACAACUACAGAAGGCCCCUCAUCGACCAGGUGGUCCAGACAGCCUUAUCGGAGACCCAGGAUCCAGAGGAAGUGUCCGUCACAGUCAAGGCUUUCAUGACGGCCGACCUGCCCAAUGAGCUCAUUGAGCUGCUGGAGAAGAUCGUGCUGGACAAUUCUGUCUUCAGUGAGCACAGAAACCUCCAGAACCUGCUCAUCCUGACGGCCAUCAAAGCGGACCGAACCCGCGUUAUGGAGUACAUUAAUCGCCUUGACAACUACGACGCCCCAGACAUAGCAAACAUCGCCAUCAGUAACGAGCUGUUUGAGGAGGCCUUUGCCAUCUUCAGAAAGUUCGAUGUCAACACCUCUGCUGUGCAGGUUCUGAUUGAGCACAUUGGCAACUUGGACAGAGCCUAUGAGUUUGCAGAGCGCUGCAACGAGCCUCCAGUGUGGAGUCAGCUGGCCAAAGCCCAGCUCCAGAAGGGGAUGGUCAAAGAAGCCAUCGACUCCUACAUCAAGGCUGAUGACCCGUCUGCUUACAUGGAGGUGGGACAGGCUGCAGCCCAGAGCGGAAACUGGGAGGACUUGGUGAAGUUCCUGCAGAUGGCUCGUAAGAAGGCCCGUGAGUCCUACGUUGAGACGGAGCUGAUCUUUGCUUUGGCCAAAACCAAUCGCCUGGCAGAGCUGGAAGAGUUCAUCAAUGGUCCCAACAACGCCCACAUUCAGCAGGUGGGCGACCGGUGUUACGAUGACAAGAUGUACGAAGCUGCCAAGCUGCUUUACAACAACGUGUCCAACUUUGGCCGUCUGGCCUCCACCUUGGUGCACCUGGGAGAAUACCAGGCAGCCGUGGACGGAGCGCGCAAGGCCAACAGCACCCGCACCUGGAAAGAGGUCUGUUUCGCUUGUGUGGACGGGAAGGAGUUCCGCCUCGCCCAGAUGUGCGGUCUGCACAUUGUCGUCCAUGCCGACGAGCUGGAGGAACUGAUCAACUACUACCAGGACCGUGGUUACUUUGAGGAGCUGAUCACCAUGCUGGAGGCGGCUCUGGGCCUGGAGCGCGCUCACAUGGGCAUGUUCACUGAGCUGGCCAUCCUUUAUUCCAAGUUCAAACCCCAGAAGAUGAGGGAACACCUGGAGCUCUUCUGGUCCCGCGUCAACAUUCCCAAAGUUCUCAGGGCAGCCGAACAAGCCCACCUCUGGGCUGAGCUGGUGUUCCUCUAUGACAAGUACGAGGAAUAUGACAACGCCAUCAUCACCAUGAUGAGCCAUCCAUCCGACGCCUGGAAGGAGGGUCAGUUCAAAGACAUUGUCACCAAGGUGGCAAACGUGGAGUUGUACUACAAGGCCGUCCAGUUUUACAUGGAGUUCAAGCCGCUGCUCCUCAACGACCUGCUCAUCGUGCUCUCCCCGAGACUGGACCACAGUCGUGCUGUCAACUUCUUCAGCAAGAUGAAACAGCUGCCUCUGGUCAAACCUUACCUGCGAUCGGUGCAGAAUCACAACAACAAGGCCGUGAACGAGGCCCUCAACAACCUCUUCAUCAACGAGGAAGACUAUGCGGCGCUGCGAACGUCCAUCGACGCGUACGAUAACUUCGACAACAUCUCGCUGGCUCUGAGCCUGGAGAAGCACGAGCUGAUCGAGUUCAGGAGGAUCGCCGCCUACCUCUUCAAAGGCAACAACCGCUGGAAACAGAGCGUCGAGCUCUGCAAGACGGACAAGCUCUACAAGGACGCCAUGCAGUACGCGUCAGAGUCCAAAGACACAGAGCUGGCCGAGGAGCUCCUAGCUUGGUUCCUGAAGGAAGACAAGAAGGAGUGCUUCGCCGCCUGCCUGUUCACCUGCUACGACCUGCUGCGGCCGGACGUGGUGCUGGAAACCGCCUGGCGACACAACAUCAUGGACUUCUCCAUGCCGUACUUCAUCCAGGUCAUGAGGGAGUACCUCUCAAAGGUUGAUGCGAUAAAGGAAAAGGUGGACAAGCUUGAAGCCUCUGAGUCUCUGAGGAAACAGGAGGAGCAGGCCACGGACUCUCAGCCCAUCGUUUACGGCACCCCCCAGCUCAUGCUCACAGCAGGCCCCAACAUGGCCGUGCCUCCCCAGCAGGCCUACGGCUACGGCUACACGGCGCCCCCUGCCUACGGCCAGCCGCCACAGCCCAGCUUCGGUUACGGCAUGUGAACGCCCAGCCUCCCCGUCCAUCUGCCCCCCCCCCCCCCCUUUGUGUUCCUCACCAGCUUCCCAUGGUCUUCUACUCACUGCAAGGGGCCACAAGCAAGCAACAGCCCACUCUAGUUUUAGUUAGAUUUUUUUCUUCCCUUUUUUUGUUUGUUUUUUUUUUUUUUUUAAAGAUGAUCCUGUUACAGGAGAAAAUAUUCUACAGCACUGAAGGACCUUUUUUUGUAUCGUUUGAAAGUUGUUGGACCACCUGUUUUUCACAUUCCAUAUUUAUAAGUACUUAUUUAGACUUUUUGUUUUUAUGUUGUCUUGUUUUUGUUGUUGUUGUUCUUGUUUUUUUUUUUUAUCGGUUUAUGCAGAAGUGGACUUGCUAAAGCUCAGCAUUAAACCUUUGAAGUAGGUGGAGGAGCAUUGGAUUUUGCACUCAUGAAGAAAUUAAUGUAGACGAGCUCUUACUUUUCGAUGUACCGGAACGUGUGAACAGGCUCCGUGGUUUUUUUUUGUCUGUAAAUGCAUUUCAUUAUUGUAUAUUCUGAGGAGAAGAAAAAGGUUACAUAUAAUAUUAAAAUAUUGCCAUUUCAAUGGCUCUAGCUAGCGACACUAAGUAACGAUAGUAUAUUCUGCACAGGCGUGUAGCUUUAUGGAGUUUUAAAUGCGUACAGACGUAUGUCACUGUGUGACUGAGGGUGUGUGUGUGUGUGUUAGUGUGUGUGUGUGAGAGAGACCGACCUGAGGGUCUAAAGCAGAAUUUUAAGCCUCCUCCCAGCCUCUACAGGCCUGUUCACUCCAUCCUCCUAGAUGUUGGCUCUUCUUUGGCUCCAUAUAUUGAGGUGACCUCUUGUGCCGUGUACAGUGCUUGUGUGAGACUGUAUCUGUGUAUGUGCAAGGACGAGGCCACGCCCCCCCCCCACCCCCACCCCCAGGGUCCCCAACCGUACUGUGUGUGUGUGUAUUUACUCUGAACCCUCCUCCGGCUGAGGUCCGUGUAUGCCAGGUGUUGUGCUGUUUCCCUCGGUCACCGUUACCUCUUUUCUUUUUUUUUUCUUUUUUCCUCUUUCAUUUAUGUUUUUUUUUUUUGUUUUUGUUUUUUUGCGUGUACAGAUGUGAACAUGACAAACUGAAAACUUCUAGCUGGAGACCUUACCUAUUUGCCCGCCACCGACUCUUCCCCUCUGCUACUGUUUGUGGCAGAAACAAACAGGGGAAGCGGGGGCGGGCGGACCCCGUGGUGUUCUAAUGACGGUUUCGAUGAAGGUCCGUAACAUUCUUGUAGGUUGUGUGUUUAGAUUAAGACGGAGAAGAAAAAAAAAAUGGCUCUCAUAGGCAAGAGGAGGAGUCGGAGCCUGUUAUUACCCUUGAUGUACUUAACUUCCUUCCAUGCUUUAAGCUGUGUGUGUGUAAAGUGUCAUCCUAACCCCAACAUAAGUUCGAUUCCUUUCUGUUGUUCAUGUAUAAUAGUAAUUAAGGGGAUCUGUCAUUGAUACAUGGAAGAUUAUGACCUAACUGAAAGGGAAGUACUAUCCUAAAUAAAAAUGGAAAUUAGA